AUGGAGCUGACUUGUCGCGAUGCCAGGGAUACCAAUAACACCACCCCAAAGGUGCCAGUACUCAUUCACGUCAAGAGCGGAUUCUUAAUCUUUCGAAGCGCUGGUGACUACAAUCACGAGAGUUGCCCACCGGUUUGCGACAGCUGUCCUGUCCAAUCCGACUGGGUUCACCGAGAAAAGGAAGCAGUCCGCCCCUCUCGGGAACGCGAGACUGCCGCUCAGCGAAUUGUGUUGGGAGAGAGGUUCUCACAACAGGUUAAAUGCGAGGCUUUCCUGGCAAUGGUGAGGGUUAUGACUGAGGCCAUGGGUUUAAUGCAUGAGGAGGAGUACGACUAG